AUAAUUUCUGGGAUUGUUAUAGAUAUGUCUGAUGAUGUUGUAGAAGUGACCGGUAAAGUAAAAGAAGAAGUUUCUCAAGAGCUCCAAGAGAAGAAACUUUCAUGGAAAAAGCUGCGUCGAUAUGACUCUUUGGACAUCGAGUCCCGCAGCUUUCCUAGUUCUCAUCAACAUGGCCAUGCCUCUAAGGGUGUGGAAUGGUCAGUGAUCUUGCGCCUGGCAUUCCAAAGCAUUGGAGUGGUGUAUGGAGACAUUGGUACCUCGCCCUUGUACGUAUAUGCGAGCACCUUCUCCAGUGGUACUAUCAAGCACAAAGACGACAUCCUGGGUGUACUUUCUUUGAUCUUCUAUACCCUCACCUUAAUUCCUCUCAUCAAAUAUGUGUUGAUUGUCUUGCGGGCCAAUGAUAAUGGCGAGGGAGGGACUUUUGCGAUAUACUCUCUCAUAUGCCGGUAUGCGAAUGUUAGUUUGGUCCCAAAUCAACAGGCUGAGGACAGAAACGUGUCAAAUUACAAGCUUGAGUUGCCAAACCGUCGUGUACAGAGGGCGUCGUGGCUCAAGUCUAGGCUGGAGAAGAGCAUGUUUGCCAAGGUUUUCCUUUUGUUAGCCUCAAUGCUUGGAACUUCGAUGGUGAUAGGAGACGGUGUGCUUACGCCUUGUAUUUCAGUUCUAUCAGCUGUAGGAGGGAUCAAGGAAAAAGCCCCAUCAACGAUGACAGAAGAUAGGAUCGUUUGGAUAUCAGCAGCAAUAUUGGUCCUCCUAUUCAUGGCUCAGAGAUUUGGAACGGACAAAGUAGGAUAUAGUUUUGCUCCAAUAAUUUGCAUUUGGUUUGUACUCAUUGGUGGCAUUGGCCUCUUCAAUUUCAUCAAAUUUGAUCCAAAUGUUUAUAAAGCUAUAAAUCCAAAGUACAUCGUAGAUUAUUUUCAGAGGAACAAAAAAGAUGCUUGGAUUUCCCUUGGUGGCGUUGUCCUCGCCAUAACAGGGACUGAGGCAUUAUUUGCUGAUAUUGGCCACUUCACGGUUCGGUCCAUCCAAAUAAGCAUGUGUUGUGUGGCUUAUCCGGCUCUCUUAUUGGCGUACACUGGACAAGCUUCCUUCCUUCGCAAACACAUGGAUCUUGUCUCAGAUACGUUUUUCAAGUCCACGCCAGGCUCUUUAUUUUGGCCAAUGUUUGUGGUGGCCGUAUUGGCAUCAAUCAUAGCAAGUCAAGCCAUGAUUUCUGGGACUUUCUCUGUAAUCCAACAAUCCCUUUCACUAGGGUGUUUCCCUCGGGUGAGAGUAGUGCAUACAUCGGCUAAGUAUGAAGGACAAGUUUAUGUACCUGAAGUCAAUUACCUUCUUAUGCUGGCUUGUGUGGUGGUCACUUUAAGUUUCAGGACAACUACUAAGAUCGGCAAUGCAUAUGGGAUAGCGGUGGUUUUUGUCAUGACUCUCACGUCGACCUUCCUAGUAUUAGUCAUGAUAAUGAUAUGGAAAACCCACAUACUUCUCGUUAUUUCAUACAUUCUCAUUAUCGGCAGUGUAGAGCUUCUCUAUUUGAGUUCAACCCUCUACAAAUUUAAGGAAGGAGGAUAUCUUCCCCUAGCCUUUGCAGUAGUCCUAAUGGCUAUAAUGUAUGUUUGGAACUAUGUGUUCCGGGGAAAGUAUUACUAUGAGCUUGAGCACAAAAUCUCUCCCAAGAAGCUAAAAGAAAUAACGGCUGACACAAGCCUUUGUCGAAUACCCGGGCUAGCCAUGUUCUACUCAGAGCUUGUUCAGGGCAUCCCACCAAUCUUCAAGCACUAUGUUGCGAACGUGCCUGCGUUGCACUCAGUCCUGGUGUUUGUCUCCAUUAAAUCACUGCCCGUAAGCAAGGUUCCGGUGGAAGAGCGUUUCCUUUUUCGUCAAGUAGAGCCUAAAGAGCUUAAUGUGUUUCGCUGUGUUGUGAGAUACGGAUACACAGAUGUGCAUAAGGAGCAGGAGCCGUCCUUUGAGAAGAUGUUGAUAGAAAGACUCAAGAAGUUCAUUAGAGAUGAUUUUCAAAGAAUGCUGGAUGGAGAAAUACUUGAUGAUGGAUUGGUAAACAGAGAGGAUGGAGAAAUACUUGAUGAUGGAUUGGUAAACAGAGAGAAUGAAGAUGAGGAUGUGAACCAAGCUGUGGAAAAUAAGCGACAAGAUCAUCAGGCAGUGGAGAGAGAAAUUGAGACAGUGGAUAAGGCAUGGCACGAAGGUAUUGUUCACUUAUUUGGUGAGACUGAAGUUGUCGCUGGCAAAGAAUCUAGUAUAGGCAAGAGAAUUGUGAUAGAUUAUGCUUACAAUUUCUUGAAGAGAAAUUUGAGGCAGAGUAACGAAGUGUUUGAUAUUCCUCGCAAGCGUAUGCUGAAAGUGGGCAUGACUUACGAGCUCUAAAGCAUUAAAGUGAAAGUGGGUUAGACAGAUAAAUAGUAAUACUUUUGUGCAUUUGGGUGUUUGAUUUUUUUGUAUUAUAUUCUAGUUACUAUAUUCUAUUAUAUAUGUGAAUACUGAAGAAAAACUAGUUUGAUAAA